UCAGGUACUUGGCGUGUUGUUUGUUAGGAUCUUUUUACGUUCAUUCUGUCGUAUUGAACGUGUAUCGGUAUUAUUACAUAUGUUGUGAGAAUGUUUAUUGAAGCUUUUGUGACUAAUGAGUUGUCAUGAAUCGCUUUGGCUCACUUUUAUUUUGAAGGAUAAAACACAAAGUCGCGGGACAUCACUGCGCACGCGCACAUUAUCAAAGCCGUUGGCUCACUGCUGGUAGUGAAGUUGGGUGUUUACCUUGAUGUUAGUAAUGAUCUUUUGACGUUAUGGUACACAGAAACCAUGACCCGAGUGUCCCCAUGUAGAGCCUCAUGGUGAUGGAGGAGGUCCUGAAGAACCUGCAGAGCACCGCGGAGCUGCUGGCCGCGGUGCAGACGGACCUGGUGAGGCAGUGGGACACACAGACCCUGGACAGAGCCUUUCAGUGGGCCCUGUACUGUCAGCUCCUGUAUGCAAGGUUCAACAACAAGAAGACGAUCCGGAGCAUCAUGGAGAAACAUUUGCAGACCACCAAUGAAAGCCUAAGAGCCACCUUACCGGGACACAUGGACGUCUCGUUCGGGGAUUUGUCGCGUUGUCAGCACCUCCUACUCACCAGGUUACUGAAGAACCCCGUGUUACCCAGGACCCACCUGAAGGUACUGGUCGGUAGUUUGAGUCCUAUGGAAGCCAAUGAGAACGAGCCCGAGGACUCCAAGGGCCACGUUGAACAGCUCAUUGCGUGUAGAUCGGCGAGCAGAGUCCUGACAGCCAUGCCUGUGAGGACCAAUGCAUCUCCAGGUGUGGAUGCGGAGUUCCAGGGCAGGUUGGCAGAGGUCCAGGGCAGGCUGCUGAUGGAGACCCUGGAUGCGCUGUUUGGUGGAGGAGGAGAGGCGCACGCAGCGCAUGAACUGUUGGACGAGAUGCUGCAGAGAUGUGAGGAAGAGGACCAUGUCGUCUUGGUGAUUGCGUCUGCUUUAAGGAGGAACAUCAACACUCCAGCAGCAACAGCCUCCCGUGGUUUUCUCUUGAACUGGUUACAGCAAAACGAACAGCUGCUGCAAAAUAUGUGUUUGCAUGUGCCUCUUGAUCACAUCAUGAGCCAUGUCAAGGAAAACUUGGAGUUUAGGGCCAGGUACUGCGUUGUGCUCAAAAGGUGGGCCUCCGACAUGACCUUUGACAUAGACGAAGGGGAGUGGGUUCCAACAGGUACCACAGCGGGAGUGUCCUUCCAGAAGCUGACGGACCACUUUGCAGCCUUAGUGGAGACUUCCCCACUGCUCAGGGAGGAGGUGGAGAAAGAGCUCAAUGCUCUGAAGAUGGCAGACGGAGAUUUUGAUGUGGAAGGUCUCAGUGUUUGGGGGGAUCUCCUGGAAGUGUUAUCAAAGUAAUGAUGUGUUACAUGAUGUCGUUACGUUGCUAUCUUUUAUGGCAUUGUCAUUUUAGAUGCAGGUGUUUUACAUAUUUUUCUCAUAUCACUGAAACUUUAUUUAUCAAAUGUUUUGUGACUCUUUAUUUGCUUAAUACAUUGUUCCAGACAUGGCAACAGGCAUUCUAAAUAAAUAAAUCGAAAUGUUUAUUUUUUGUUUAUUCAAGGUAGGACAUGCAUUUCAUAAUUUCCAUGUAUUAUCUCGGUAAGUGUUUUUACAGAUUUAACAUGAUAUAAUUGCCAUACCAUAUCACAGAUGGUAGCAUCAUGUGUCCCUUUUCAAUCAUGGUGUGUGCCUGGAUGUGUAAAUUCAUUUCAACUGUGCACAGCCCCCUAAUGAUUCCUUGGAGACCCUGGGCCCAGAGACACUCCCAGCCCCACUAUGAAAGACCUAUUGGCAUUUCACAAAGACAUGGCCAUGCAUGAGGUGAUUUAUGGUCCUUUUAAAUAAUCAAAUAUCAUUCAAGGGAGGCUCGUGUUGGAGCCUGUGUUACAUGCAAGAAGCCACAAUUAUGUUUGUGUUUUCAAUCACGUUAAGUAAAAAAAUAUUUGUUUUCUUCUUAUUUUACACUUGCAAUAGGGCUAUAUUUAUAAAUAUAGAUAUAUUCAUUCACAUAGUGCAGAGCGCAGCUGAGCUAUCUAUUCUCAUGUGCCAUCUGUCAUUAUUGUCUCAGCAACGCCACAAAGCUGAAACCGCAUAGUGAUUGGCUGUCAGACUGGUCACGUGACUUGGUUACUAAUUCACACAUCUCAAACCUCACCCACGUGUCGGAGCUCCUCUGCUGCUCUGGGAUCAAUUAGGCUUAUAUGGCGUCUUCAAUCAAAGGCAGAGCCUUGGCCGGUGCGUGACACCGCGCUGCCAGACAGCGAAUUACUGCACGGGUGACUCGGAGGAAACACCAACAUGGACACGGCUCGUUGAACACGCCCACAAAGCAAUUCACACACAGACACGCCCGGGUCACUGAGCAAGGGCCAGCAUGUGCAUAUGUAAUUUAUUUCCAACAACAAAAAAAAAAAU